AGGGACACUGGUGCCACUGGUUUGAUUCUCUGCACCGCCAAGUUGAUCAAGUUGGUUUUCGUGUAGAAACGCAAAGAAAGAGGAAAGAAUUGUUGUUGUUGUUUUUCUUUUUUUACCAGGACAAUUCUUGUUUAAAGAGAUAUGUUGCACGGAUCUAUUUUACAGUUGUGAUGUUGUGGAAAAAUGGAAAUUCACCGGAGGAAAAAACUUUUAUUGGACGGUGUUUUCUGCGCUUUUGGGGAGGUUUUCCAAAAAGAAGGCUAUAUGCUGUUAUUUUAUUGUAGGCCGGCUCUUCAUGUUUUAUUGCCUCCAAUAUUUAUACCGUAGCUGGCAAUUAACGCAUCCUAAUCUUGCAUUCCUGUUAAUUUCGUCGAAAUUAAGGACAACACGGACUCCGGAUUGCCACCCAAACGCAGAUUUUUUGGCAGUUUAUGAAUGCAGCUGUAAUCACCAGGGGAGCCUCAAGUGCUUAAAUGGGUCCAUCACGAGAAAGAGACAAUCAAGCUUCUUUAUGUCUCGAGAUCAGCUGCAGUUUUUGCACAUUGUCUGUUAUGAAUAGACCGAUCUCCAAUUGAGCCUCUUCACUUUGGAGAUUUUUUCGAUUUUCGAUUAUACUGCUAUUGAAAUUAGGAUGCGCCGCUUUUUUCUCUCUUAGCUUGGUGGCUCGCUUGUCUUUUCUUGAUUGACAGAUGAAAUUGACACUCGGGUAGCCUCUUAUCAAGCGAAGCAUUUCAAUCCGCCGCUAAUUGCACAUAUAGUGCCAUCCUUUCUUUUCACUGCGGUUUGAUUGCAUGGGAAUAUAGCCACCUAUUGCGCACAAGAGGAGUGAUCGAUCAUAUAUGUAGCUUUUUUUUUUCCUCCUCUAAUUGCAUCAAAAUUUCGUUUGUUGCCAGGGUUUAAAUGCAGGAGAAACAGUUAUUCGUUGUUUUGGACCGGAUAUAGUGUGGGUUGGGGCAGAGAUGCGUAAUGCGCAGAGCAAGCUCCAUCUUCUCUCCAAAUAGGCAGCGUUGAAGACCUGAAAAUGUCUAAGUCGGAGGUGAAGAAGGAGUCCAGUGAGUCCAGUCCGUCGGAGGCCGCCUGCCUCUGCUCUCCUCCGGCGGCCAAGAACCAGUGCGCCAGCUGCGGCAUGGAGAUCCAUGACCGAUACCUGCUGAAGGUCAACAACUUGAUUUGGCACUUGGGGUGUCUGGAGUGCUCAGUGUGCAGAGCGUCUCUGCGCCAACACAGCAGCUGCUACGUCAAAAACAAAGAAAUCUACUGUAAACUGGAUUAUUUCAGUAGGUUUGGCACAAAGUGCGCUCAGUGUGGCCGACAGGUGUAUGCCAGUGACUGGGUGCGGCGGGCCCGGGGCAGUGUGUACCACCUGGCCUGUUUUGCCUGUUUCUCCUGUAAGAGGCAGCUGUCCACUGGAGAGGAGUUUGGCCUGGUGGAGGGCAGGGUGCUCUGCCGCAGCCACUAUGACACCAUGCUGGAAAACCUCCGCAGGGCUGCCGAAAAUGGCACAGGGCUGACAUUGGAAGGAGCCUUACCCUCUGAUCAGGACUGCCAACCCAAACCAGCCAAGAGGGCACGGACUUCAUUCACAGCAGAGCAGCUACAGGUGAUGCAGACACAGUUUGCUCAGGACAAUAACCCUGAUGCACAGACUCUACAGAAAUUAGCAGAGAUGACAGGACUGAGCAGGCGAGUUAUACAGGUUUGGUUUCAGAACUGCCGUGCACGACACAAAAAGCAGCCGCCCCAGAACAGCUUCUCUCAGAGCGCUCCGCUGUCCAGGAUGCCGCCGUCACUGCCAGAAGACAUUCAUUAUUCACCGUUCAGCAGCCCAGACAGACCACAUCUACUGGCCCUGCAUGGAUACUUGGACAGUCAUCCCUUCUCAGUCCUCGCUGCCCCAGGUCACUUGGCCCAUCCCUCCAUCUCUUUACCACAGCUUCCCAUCAGCCGCUGACCCUCUGUAUUUACUUUCCCAUCAUCACCACUUCGAUAUUGUGAACAAAAAAAAAAAAAUUCCUUUGGGACCUACUGU